GGUCUCCGGCUGCUGAGCAGCUGCAGGACAUCCUGGGGGAGGAAGAUGAGGCUCCCAACCCCACCCUCUUCACAGAGAUGGACACUCUACAGCAUGACGGGGACCAGAUGGAGUGGAAGGAGUCAGCCAGGUGGAUAAAAUUUGAAGAAAAGGUGGAGGAAGGAGGAGAACGCUGGAGCAAGCCCCAUGUGUCCACACUGUCCUUGCACAGCCUCUUUGAGCUCCGCACCUGCCUGCAGACAGGGACGGUGCUGCUGGAUCUGGACAGCAGCUCCCUACCGCAGAUUAUAGAUGAUGUCAUUGAGAAGCAGAUAGAGGAUGGGCUUCUGCGACCAGAGCUCCGGGAAAGGGUCAGCUACGUGCUCCUGAGGAAGCAUCGUCACCAAACCAAGAAGCCCAUCCACCUCUCCCUAGCAGACAUUGGGAAGUCGGUCUCCACUACACAUCGCAGCUCGGCCAGAAGUCCCUCGGCAGGCCCGACUCUGCACCGCUCCACCGAGGACCUGAGGAUUCGGCAAAGCACCAGCUAUGGACAUCUGUAUCACGCCCAGAGUAGAAGCAUGAAUGACAUCUCUCAUACCCCAAACACGGACCAGCGGAAAAACAAAUUCAUGAAGAAGAUCCCCAAGGACUCGGAAGCCUCCAACGUGCUUGUGGGCGAGGUGGACUUCCUGGACCAACCGUUCAUUGCAUUUGUUCGCCUCGUCCAGUCUGCCAUGCUGGGAGGGGUGACGGAAGUGCCUGUCCCCACCAGAUUUCUGUUCAUUCUUCUGGGACCCUCUGGGAGAGCAAAGUCCUAUAAUGAAAUUGGCCGAGCCAUUGCGACCCUCAUGGUGGAUGAUCUCUUCAGCGAUGUGGCUUAUAAAGCCCGGAACCGGGAAGAUCUGAUUGCAGGAAUUGACGAAUUUCUAGAUGAGGUCAUUGUCCUUCCCCCUGGAGAAUGGGAUCCGAACAUCAGAAUUGAGCCGCCCAAGAAGGUGCCCUCGGCUGACAAGAGGAAAUCUGUGUUCUCUUUGGCAGAGCUGGGCCAGAUGAACGGCUCUGCGGGCGGAGGCGGUGCCUCGGCUGGAGGAGGCGGCGGUGGCGGAGGGGCUGGAGGUAGCGGGGCCGGCGGAGUGGGCAGUGGCGACGAGGCUGAGAUGCCAGCUAUGCAUGAAAUCGGAGAGGAGCUGAUCUGGACCGGAAGGUUCUUUGGGGGCCUUCGCCUGGAUGUCAAGAGGAAGCUGCCCUGGUUCCCAAGUGACUUCUAUGACGGCUUCCACAUCCAGUCCAUCUCGGCUGUUCUGUUCAUCUACCUCGGCUGUAUCACCAACGCCAUCACCUUUGGUGGGCUUCUGGGGGAUGCCACAGACAAUUAUCAGGGAGUAAUGGAGAGCUUCCUGGGCACUGCCAUGGCUGGUGCCUUGUUCUGCCUCUUCUCGGGGCAGCCCCUCAUCAUCCUCAGCAGCACUGGGCCCAUCCUCAUCUUCGAGAAGCUCCUCUUUGACUUCAGCAAGGCCAAUGGCCUGGACUACAUGGAGUUCCGCCUCUGGAUCGGCCUGCACUCAGCCAUCCAGUGCCUUAUCCUGGUGGCCACAGAUGCCAGCUUUAUCAUCAAGUAUAUCACCCGAUUCACCGAGGAGGGGUUCUCCACCCUCAUCAGCUUCAUCUUCAUCUACGAUGCCAUCAAAAAGAUGAUUGGUGCCUUCAGUUACUAUCCCAUCAACACGGACUUCAAGCCUGACUCCAUCACCACCUACAAAUGCGAGUGUGUUGCUCCUGACGCAGUGAACACAACCACGCUCAAUGCCUCGGCCCCACUGGCGCCAAACACCAACACGUCUCUGUACGCCCCCCUUAACCUCACAGCGCUGGACUGGUCCCUGCUGAGCAAGAAGGAGUGUCUGAGCUACGGUGGGCGCCUGCUCGGGAGCUCCUGCCGGUUCAUCCCAGACCUGGCACUCAUGUCCUUCAUCCUUUUCUUCGGCACUUACUCCAUGACCUUGACUCUGAAGAAAUUCAAAUUCAGCCGCUAUUUUCCUACCAAGGUCCGGACCCUGGUGGCUGACUUUUCCAUUGUUUUCUCCAUCUUGCUGUUCUGUGGAAUCGAUGCCUGUUUUGGCCUGCAAACCCCCAAGCUGCAUGUGCCUAAUGUCAUCAAGCCCACACGGCCUGACCGAGGCUGGUUUGUCGCCCCCUUUGGGAAGAACCCUUGGUGGGUGUACCCAGCGAGCAUCCUGCCCGCCUUCCUGGUGACCAUCCUGAUCUUCAUGGACCAGCAGAUCACCGCUGUCAUUGUCAACCGGAAGGAGAACAAGCUGAAGAAGGCCGCGGGCUACCAUCUGGACCUGUUCUGGGUGGGCAUCCUCAUGGCUCUGUGCUCUUUCACGGGGCUGCCCUGGUACGUGGCUGCCACGGUCAUCUCCAUUGCCCACAUCGACAGCCUCAAGAUGGAGACAGAGACCAGUGCCCCGGGGGAGCAGCCGCAGUUCCUGGGAGUCAGGGAGCAGAGAGUGACCGGUGUCCUGGUCUUCAUCCUGACAGGCAUCUCCGUCUUCCUGGCUCCCAUCCUAAAGUACAUCCCCAUGCCAGUGCUCUAUGGCGUCUUCCUCUACAUGGGUGUAGCGUCCCUCAACGGCAUCCAGUUCUGGGAACGCUGUAAGCUUUUCCUCAUGCCAGCCAAGCACCAGCCGGACCAUGCCUUCCUGCGCCAUGUACCCCUUCGCCGGAUCCACCUGUUCACCCUGGUGCAGAUUCUCUGCCUGGCACUACUCUGGAUCCUCAAGUCAACCAUGGCCGCCAUCAUCUUCCCAGUCAUGAUCCUGGGCCUUAUCAUUGUUCGAAGGCUCCUGGACUUGGUUUUCUCCCAGCACGACCUGGCCUGGAUUGACAACAUCCUCCCAGAGAAGGAGAAACAGGAGACAGACAAGAAGAAGAAGAGAAGGAAAGGGGUCCAUGAAAACCCGGAUGAGGAGCCCCAGUUCCUUCCUCCCUCAGUCAUAAAGAUCCCCAUGGAAAGUGUCCCAUCUGAUCCCCAAAACGGUAUCCACUGCAUUGCCAGAAAAAGAUCUUCCAGUUGGAGUUACUCAUUCUGACUCUUCCUUCAGUGGCUCAGAACUGGAUCGAAGCAUCACCUUGCACUUCAAAAUCUCUUGUCCGGCUUCACCUGCUUUCAGCUACUCACGGAGUCCAGUCUUCAUGGUGCCGCAGGUGAAGAUAGAGAUGGAGUCCGACCUUGACUUCACAGACAAUGAGGACUGUGGGAGAGAGGUGGGCGGGGAGACCACCCUCUAGCAGAGCACUACACUUCCGGGCUGAGGGCAGGGUGAAGGCUGGCCCCGGCUUCAUCUAGAUGUCAAGCCCUUCACUUGUUUCCUUACCCGAUGACCAGACAGACAGCCAGAGGCCUUCCCGUGAUGUCCAACACAGACACGAAGCUCUCCUCUCCCCUUCCUUUGCAGUUAUUAAAACACCCCACACAGAACCACAUGGCCACCCAGCAUAGAUAUAACCUUUCUUCUGAAACGAACAAAAAUGUUUUCCAAGGUUACAAGUAAGAUAAAUGGGCAGUUGGUGGACUUACAUUUCAAGUCUAUACUGACUUAGUAUCUUCUAUUUAAAAAUUUGCCGAUCUAGUUAUCUUUUAAAGGUUAGAUUAAAAUCUAGAUGACUUGAAGGCCUGAGUGUGCUCUGGAGGUUUGCACCUUAGGACAUGGCUGAGUCAUCUGUUUGCCUUGUUCUCUUGAACUGUCCUCUGUACAGUGGCCUGCCUCUAGAAGUGUGGCUGGGCCUUCCACACACGGCCCGGCCAGUUCCAAAGCUAUUCAAGGAAGAACCCGUGCAUGGGUGGAUUGUUUGUUUGACAUAGGUACUCACUGUGUACCCUCAGCUGUCCUGGAACUCCCUCUGCAGACCAGGCUGGCCUCAGAGCUCAGAGCUCCACCUGUCUCUGGGGUGGAUUAAAGGCGUGUGCCUCAACUGGCUCUGAGUGGAUUAAGACAAAAUAGUGCUUCUUAACUCUACUCUUAAGCCACGUUAGGUCAACCAAAUGACCCUUUAAACUUGUCACUGGCUUCAUAACCUGGAGUCUACUUGUUAUCCAUUUAAGUAGGUCUCCCCACCCCACCCCCAUCCACCCCCCACAACAAUAUUUGCAAUAGCUAAGUUCCAAAUUUCCAAGCUCACAAACAUUGCCUGUUAGGCAGCUAAUGUUCGUAAUAAAACUAGUACUUUAUAUACAAGUGGUUGGAAAACACACCAUCCCAAAUGGGAAGACUGCCCAGCUCUUCCAAACCCUUCCCAAGAUGAAAUUGUUUAUCUUCCUCUGUACCAAGGCAACAGCACACACGUUUCAAAGCUGCGCUGGUCUGUACUAGCACUCUAUCCAGACUGAACUGUAGCGUCGUUACAUACUCAGAGGUGGUGUGCUCCAGUAAUCACACGAGCUGGGAAACCAGCCAGCUUUUAAAAGGUUGGUGUAAAUUGAUCAUGUAAUCAUGUAAUUUUGACCUUAAAUAUCACUUGUAUUUUGUAUAUAAAUGAACAUUUUAACCUCAGCAGCCUUUAACAUGUUGGUGUAGUCGCCAUUCACUUAGGAAUAUAUUUUUUUCCAUUUCUAAUGUAAACGGCACUUCAAUAAAACUUAAUCGUGUCUUGCUUA